CUAUUCUCUCACCCGUAAUAAUUACCUACCAUCUCUCCUCCAUCUUCAACCUCACCUUACACCUUACACCCUACACCUGCACUCCUAGCAAGCCCUCAGAUACUAUUUUCCUAUUAAUCACCUACCCGCCAGACUUUGAUCUUUCCACGGGGCUUGCUGUCCACUCCUUUGAAGAUUGUUUAUAUUUUAUCAUCGAAUCCUAUGGUCUUAACGCUCUCCAAUUAAUUCACCUGGUCGAAGAAUAAUCACCUUCAUACAUACGAGCAAUCGCAUUGCUUUUUUUUGUGUAAUAAAAAUCUUAUCAUAAGAGAAAAGUGAGUUGUCAAAAUGUCUCAUUAUCCACGCUACUUCAGCCUUUCCUCACCUUGAUGCAACCAAUCUAUCACAAGUUGCUGCCAAACGGGCGCAGUAUAUUGCGGUUACCUAGUGAAUGGGUAAAUAUUGUUGUUAUUGAUCUGCACAGCCUUUGGUUACAAUGCGAUGGGGCAAGGCUGGGAGAUAUAUAGUACUUCAUGGUACUUCCAAGACUCCCGAUUCUCGCCGUCCUUUUGUAUCUUCGAAUUUCCUUCAACUUUCCAAUAUUUACUUGUCUCCACUUGUCGCUCACCUCUGUAUUGAGUUUUACGCCGACCAUACUGAUCUGUUCAAAGUAACCUUUAGAAGCCAUGAAGGCUACCCUACUGUCCUUUGGCUUCAUCGCCACUGUCUCCGCCAACAUCGUCUUCAAUCAUGUCCCUUUGAAGUGUGAUAUUAGAAGCCAGAAUCUGUACUAUGGCUGCCUCGAAGGCCAGAACUGUACUGACGACGGAACGGGAGAGUGAGUAAUCACUGACUUUUACAUGCACGGUAUGAAGCUAAUCAUUCAUACAGAUGCUAUGUCCCAGCCACUCCCAUGCCAUCUCGUUAUUACCCGGUUCCCGUCAAAGAUCGGACCAUCGAACCAAGACAAGCUGUCUAUUCAACGGACGGUACCUGUGGUCCUGCCAAUGGUAACACUAUUUGCGAUCCAAACAGUACAGUUUAUAAAGGAUCAUGCUGCUCGGUAGGUCAUCAAAGAAGAAUAGAAGAUCAGUAACUGAUUCAGAAAAUAGUCAUACGGCUGGUGUGGAAAUGAUGAUGCGUGAGUACACCAAUAUAUUCUUAUCAUCCUUGAGUACUUACUGAUUUAAUAGUCACUGCGGAGCUGGGUGUUUAUCUGGAUGCACCAGCGGAACUACAACACCGGCUGGUGCCUCUCCUCGAUCUGAUGGUCGAUGCGGCUCUGUAAGGCCCUGUAAAAUUGUAUUGUGGUGUCAAUGAUAUACUGACCUUAGUAGGCUUUCGGUGGUGCUACUUGUGAUGCAAAAGGAGCAUUUGGUGGUUGUUGUUCUUCAUACGGGUAGGUCAUGCUUUUCUCAAUAUCGCUUUGUGCAAUUUCUUUCUUGAGAGUCUACAUAUGGAAUAAAUGCUGAUUCCAUCUUUUUCUAGCUAUUGUGGUUCUACCCCUGAUCACUGUUUGGCCUCGAGCGGCUGCCAGAAUGGAUGCACAGAUGCGAAGUCUACAACUGUUGCACAGUCUACAACCACUGCAGCUGGCGGUAGCGCAGCACCCUCGUCUACUUCCCAAGAACCAGUGAUUGCUCCAGUUACUUCUACACUCUCACCUGCCGCAGCCAGUAGCGCACCCGUAACUACGGAUGGUUCAUGUGGUACUGCAAAUGGCGGUACUGUUUGCGGUAAUUGGCCAAACGGAAACUGUUGUUCCAUGUACGGAUUUUGGUAAGUUGGUUCGUCAAUCGCAAAGUUUCAAUAGCCUAACACAAAACAGUGGUAACACCAAUGCUCAUUGCGGUGCCGGAUGCCAAUCGGGAAAUUGUUUGAACGCACCAACGGUUCCAGCCCCAGGCGCAAGUCCUGCCCCAGCUGCCCCAGUAGGAGGUGCAUUCAACAUCGUCGGUCAAUCUGGAGUUCCAGCUAUGCACGCAGCAUUAAUGCAAAACGGCCGGGUCAUGUUCCUCGACAAGUUGGAGAACUACACCCAAUUAAGAUUGCCAAGCGGAAAUUACGCCAUGUCUUCAGAAUAUGAUCCAGCAACUAAUGGUGUUGCGGCUCCUCUAGCUUACAAGACAAACGCAUUCUGCUCCGGAGGUACUUUCCUUGCAGAUGGUCGUGUUGUUUCUCUUGGAGGUAAUGCACCUUUGACAUGGCUUGAUCCAACCAUUGGUGAUGGUUUCACCGCUAUUCGAUACCUUGAGCGAUCGUCUACGGAUGCUAGUUUGACAGGCAAAGACUGGAGUGAGCCAGGUAACAAGCUCGCAAGUGCUCGUUGGUAUGCUACUGCUCAGACUAUGGCUGAUGGAACCAUCUUCGUUGCUUCCGGAAGUUUAAACGGCCUCGAUCCAACUGUUAACACGAACAACAAUCCUACAUACGAGAUCCUCAGUCCUACCGCAGUCUCACAAGGUAAGAACAUUGAUUUGGAAAUUUUGGAGAAGAAUCAACCUUACUACAUGUAUCCUUUUGUCCAUCUCCUCAAUGAUGGAAAUUUGUUCAUCUUUGUCUCAAAGUCUUCUCAAAUCUUCAAUGUUGGUACCAACACCAUUGUCAAGGAAUUACCCGAACUCGCAGGAGACUACCGCACAUAUCCUAAUACUGGUGGAAGUGUUUUGCUUCCGUUAUCAAGCGCGAAUAAUUGGAACCCUGAUAUCGUCAUCUGCGGUGGUGGUGCAUAUCAAGACAUCACGAGCCCAACGGAACCAAGUUGCGGAAGGAUCCAGCCAUUGAGUGCAAACCCCACAUGGGAGUUGGAUUCUAUGCCUGAAGGUCGUGGUAUGGUUGAAGGAAACUUACUUCCCGAUGGAACUGUCAUUUGGCUUAACGGAGGUAAUUUGGGUGCUCAAGGUUUUGGACUCGCAAAGGCCCCAACUUUGGAAGCUCUUCUCUACGAUCCCACAAAGGCCAAGGGUCAAAGAUUCUCAACUCUUGCCGCUUCAACCAUCCCACGUCUUUACCAUUCCGUCUCCCUUCUCCUUCUUGAUGGUACGCUCAUGAUCGCUGGCUCAAACCCUGUUGAAAUGCCAAAGCUCAAGCCUGAUGCGGCCGACCCAUAUGUCACCGAGUUCAGAGUGGAGAACUAUGUUCCUCCAUACCUCUCAGGUAAUAAUGCCAAUAAGCGUCCGACCAAUGUGAAAUUGUCUUCAGGCAGCUUCAAAGCAGACGGCAGCACACUCGACGUUACUUUUGAUUGCCCAGCUGGUGCAAAAGCAGUUACUGUGACUUUGUAUCACGGUGGAUUCGUCACUCAUUCAGUACACAUGGGUCAUCGCAUGCUGCAUUUGGAUAACACAGGCUUCGUCGCUGGUGCAACACAGCAGAAGUUGACUGUUACCCGACCACCAAACAACAAUGUGGCACCACCCGGACCAUAUGUUGUUUACAUUCUUGUAGAUGGCAUCCCUGCAAUCGGACAAUUCGUUACUGUUUGAAGUUCUGCAUUUCACUGAGGUUCAGCAGGGAUUUGCAACAUAGCUUUGGUUUGGGAUGGAGAUUCAUGGAAUACGGCGUUAUGUGUGGAUAACCAAAAUUGUACCCAAGGCUAAAGCCAGGGCUAAGGGUUAAGUCUCAAUAGCGAAUAAUGAUAAUAAUUCUUCAAUUUUGAAUGGUGU